GUCGAACAGCAGGCGCAUAUAUCACCUCUAUCUUCUCCAAUUUCUUUCCCCUGUCUCAGCCUUCUCCACACAAUUUCCUCCCCAUUCUACACCAGACCGUCAUCUAGCUGCGCUCUACCAUCACGCGUUGUCGCUGCAGGCUAAGGCCGUCUGGGGUCAUUGUCAUCGACCAUCUUCCUAAGAGCUCGGGCAGGACGCGGCGAUCCAGAUUUCACUGAUCUCUGCACACUGGCCGGCAGGUUCUACUUCUACAGGACUAGUUAGCUUCGCUGCCGUGGUACUGCACUCUGGCAUUGAUUGCAAAUGGAUACCAAAAUAAGAACAAUACACAAGGUUGACCUAGAGCGCAUGGUGCUUGAUGAAAGUGCAGAGCCAACAUACCUGCCAUUAUCACUUUUACAAGAAAUCACAGAUAGUUUCUCUGAUGAUCAACAAAUUGGCAGUGGUGGGUCUGCGAUUGUUUAUAAGGGAACGGUGGGAAAAGGAAUGGUCGCUGUGAAGAAGUUGUCCAUAACAAUUGACAUGCAUGAGAAUAAUUUCCACAAAGAGGUCGAGUGCCUAAUGAAGGCCAAGCACAAGAACAUAGUUCGUUUUUUGGGAUAUUGUUCUGACACGCAAGGGAUGGUGGGGGACUAUGACGGGAAAUUUGUCAUGGCAGAUGUACGAAACUGGGUGCUAUGUUUUGAGUACAUACCUAACGGAAGUCUCGAUAAGUAUAUUACCGAUGCGUCUUGUGGACUUAAAUGGAGAGAUCGUUAUCGUAUUAUCAAGGGAACCUGUGAGGGCUUACUUCAUCUUCAUGAGAACCGUAUUCUUCAUUUAGAUCUCAAGCCCGGAAAUAUAUUGAUAGCUGAUCACAUGGUACCUAAAAUUGCUGAUUUUGGACUCUCAAGGUGCCUCGAUGAAGACCAAACCCGAGCUUUUACUUCACAUCUAUGUGGAUCUCAGGGAUACUUAGCACCAGAAUUCUAUAGAGGACAAUUCACAUUUGCGUCGGACAUAUAUAGUCUUGGCAUUAUAAUUGUGGAGAUACUAACAGGAGAGAAGGGGUAUCCAGAAGAGGAGAAUGUAGUUGCAAAUUGGAUGAAUCAGUUGGAGGCAUCAGAUCAGUGGCAUACACAGUUGGAGCAAGUAAGAGUAUGCACUAAGAUAGGGAUACAAUGCAUGGACUUGAACCCAAAGAAGAGACCAGUUGCACGCCAUAUACUUGAUAGACUAGAUAAAACAGAAAUUACCAUCGAAACUGGCAUAAGUGGUUCAUCAGUUGAGCAGCAGGUUAGUUUCCUAAAGGAACAGUAUUGCCAAGAGAAAAACUCAAAGCUUUCUUAUCAGUACCUUGGAAAGGAAAUCAAGGAACACGCUGGAACAGAAGGACUUGCAGAAUAUGUAGAGAUACCUAGAGAAGAUCAUUGGCAGCAAGGGGAGCAAGAAGCUUCCAGUGAUCAGUGGCCAUUAAGGGGAGUGCAAGAUGUAAAGAAAACUGUAAGCCCACAAGGUGCAAGUAUUUCUAGCUCUAACAAUGGCGUGCUCUACAAGUUGAACAAUUUGGACAUCUUCGACAGAAAAGCACACAGGAAUCACGUGCGGUAUGGUGGGCCUACAUUGGAGAAUGUAAAUUUUGUGAAACUUUUCAAAAAAAAGGAGCUCAGUCCAAUUUUAAAGAAUAAGAAUCUUAUUAGAAGAGAUAGCUUUGGAGUAGUUUACAUGGGCCUUGUUGAUAGUGUGCCGGUUACAAUAAGGAAGCUAUUUAGUGGUAGUGUGGUACAGAAUGAAGAUUUUGCAAAUGAAGUCAUCAUCCAGUCUCAAGUCAUUCACGGAAAUAUGGUUAGGCUCAUAGGUUGUUGCCUUGAAUUUGAAGUCCCGAUGCUAGUCCAUGAGUUUCACUCUACAGCUAACCUCCAUUACAUUCUUCACAUCAACAUCAAGGUGCCUCUUAACCUUGGCGUGCGAUUAAGUAUUGCUGCAACAUCGGCAGGUGCUCUAGCUUAUGUGCAUUCUGCAUUUGCUACGAAAAUAUUACACGGUGAUGUUAAACCAUCAAAUAUACUCUUGGAUAACAACUUUGUGCCAAAGAUCUCAGACAUCGGCAUAUCAAGGUUGAUCGUGAGAGGCCAUGAACAUAGCGGAGUAUGCAUUGGUGACAUGGCUUAUAUGGAUCCUCUAUAUGUACGAACAGGCCUACUGACCGAACAAAGUGAUGUCUACAGUUUUGGAGUUAUCAUCUUGGAGCUUGUUACUAGGAGAAAGGCCACACAUAUGGACAAAAACAGCUUAGUAAUUAAUUUCCUUGAGAACCACAAGCAGGGGAGGAAAUCGACCGAGUUGUUUGACAAGGAAAUUGCAGUGGCAGAAAAUUUGGAGCUUCUUGACACUCUGGCAGGAAUUGCUGCUGAAUGCCUUAAUUUUGAUGUGGACCUAAGACCAACAAUGGUAGAUGUCGCAAAUCGUCUAUCCAUGCUGAAUCAAUCAUGUAAUUUGAGUUGACAAGUUGAUGCAUUUACUAGUGGAGUUUUAACAUGUAUGAUGUGUUGAAUAAGCUUCUGAUAGGUACAACUAUGUAUAAAUGUGUGAUGAUCGAAGUGUGGUUGUGAAGAAAUAUUUUAAGUCCCACCUGUUAAGUGUGCUAAAGCACGCCCUCCCAGGCCUCCGGUAAGAAAAGCUCAGUCCGAUUGUUGGUUA